GUGAAUCCUCAGACAGUAUCAAUGGUGGUCACUGGAAACUUUGUGGUCAAAGGUUCUUGUCCUCCUCCUUCGUGUCCAAGCGGGUGCAAAGGAGCAGGGGAGUGCGAGGGAAUUUAUUGCCAUUGCGACCUCUACCACAUGGGGGAGGCUUGCGAGCUCUCUACCACCCCCCUCGAUUCCGCCCAUGCAGACUGGGUGGAUCUCGAGCCGGGCGAGUCGACAUUUUUGUACUUCAAUGUGUCUUCUUUCAACCAGAGCUGGCGACUCGUGAUCAACCCCGCAGACUCUGCUGCCCGAUUUUCAGUGAUGCUGGCCAUCCACAAAAAGCCUUCGUAUGCAGAUCACGACUUGCUGCUGCGGCAUGUCAGCGGAGACACAGAGAUCACAAGCUCCAGCUUCUCUUUCAGCACACAAGGGGUUUGGGUGCUGGCAAUUCACGCGUCUCUUUUCAACCAGUUUGCAGCCAGUGUGUACCUGGAGACAUCUCCAGGAGGACAUGGCGACCAGAUCCCGGCCUCCACGAGCUCCGCAAGCUCCACCACCUCCUCCAUCGAGACCAUAACCACGACGACCGCGGCGGCGACACCCUCGCCCUCUGCCCCCAAGACAGUAGUCACCUUCCAGGCUCAGAUGCCCUUAUCCUUGGCAGACUUUCAGCAAAAACAGUCGUUGUUCCUCGCUGCUGUCGCUAACACUGCUGGUGUCCCGCAGCGAGACGUUCGGAUUGUCAAGGUGACAGAGACUCAGUCCGCAUCUUCUCCCGUAAGCAGAAGGCUGUCAACCUCGUCGAGCAACGUCGUUAUCAUGACGUCAAUCACCUUGCCGACUGUGUCUACUGCCAACCAAGUUGUAUCGAAGAUCACCAUGAGCAAGCUCAACGACAACCUCCAGAAGCAGGGGCUUCCAAGGGCUAUCAUCGUCCAAGCUCCCUACAUCGAAUCUUCGGCUCCAGCUUCGUCAACGGCGUCAACGACUCCUCCUGCUACCUCUGCGACUUUCCCCUACACCGCCUGGAUCGCUAUAGGGUGUGGAGUAGCCUUCCUGUCUCUCGCUGUCCUUGCCGUCGUCGUCCACAUGAGAAGAAAGCGAGCGGCUGAGUUGGCUGAUAACGUCGUUCAUUCGGCGAGAAGCCAACCAGGCGAUGUUGAGAUGCAGAGCUACAACCUCGCAACAACCCACGGGAUCAUCACCAUGCCGAUCCCGACGGCUCCUCCACUGCUCGCCGUCAAUGCAGACAAUGUGUACAUCGAGGAGGAAGAGACGAGUGAUGCCGCUGCCACUGCCUCUGCACAUCCUGAACGUAGAUUCCGUCCCCUGGCUAUGGCAGCAAGCAACGAAGACGAUGACUCAUGCGGAAAGAGAAAGUGACGAUUGCAAAAGUUAUGUUUGUAAGUCAUGUCUGUCAUGUAGUGAAUGGUAAGAAGUGAAAUGUUUGAACAAUGUAUAAGGUAUUCUAGGUCAAUAUUUUUCCAAUGCUGAGCAAACGUCUAUUCCCCUUCG